AUGAAGUUCUCUUUGAUCGCAACGGCGGCAUUCGCCUUGUCAGCUGAGGCCCACUGCAUCUUCCAGGAAGUGUCAGUCAACGGCCAGAAGCAAGGCUCGCUCGUCGGUCUCCGUGCGCCCAGUGACAACAACCCCGUCUACGAUGUGACCUCGCAAGACAUCAUCUGCCAAAAGCAAGGCACGACCUCCGACAAGGUCAUCAGCGUCUCGCCGGGCGACGACCUCGGCGCGUACUUCGGGCACGUCAUCGGCGGGGCGCAGAUCCCGAACGACCCGGACAACCCGAUAGCGCCGUCGCACAAGGGCCCGAUCACGGCGUGGCUCGCCAAGGUGGACGACGCGGCGACGGCGAGCAAGACGGGGCUGAAGUGGUUCAAGAUCUGGGAGGACACGUUCGACACGGCGAGCAAGAAGUGGGGCGUCGACAACAUGAUCGCGAACCAGGGCUGGGUCAAGUUCGCGCUGCCGCAGUGCGUCGCCCCCGGCGACUACCUCAUGCGCGUCGAGAUCCUCGCCCUGCACUCCGCCCGCAUGGCCAACGGCGCCCAGUUCUACAUGUCCUGCGCCCAGAUCAGGGUCGGCGGCAGCGGCACCUUCGAGCCCAGCUCGACCGUCAGCUUCCCCGGCGCCUACGAGAAGAACGACGCUAGCAUCGUGGUCAACAUCUACGGUUUGACUGGCCAGCCCGACAACGGCGGCAAGGCUUACAACGCUCCUGGUAAUGUCCCUGUUAUCCAAUGCUAGAUGAUUGAGUUGGGAAAGGGAUGGAAGUCGCCUCUGAUCACGAUUCGCCAGUGUUUGUUGAUCAUGAGGGGGUGGCUGGCUGUUAGUUGGCUAGGUAUUUGGUGGCUGUUGGAAAUCAUGUUGGUUCCCGCGGCGCCUAUCCUCGCAGGUUCAUAGCUAAUUCCAACGCGCCUUUUGAUCGUCCAAAUGUGUUUCUUGAUACGAACUAGUG